UAGUACUAAUACUUAUAGAGAGGAAGAUAAAACUGAACCACGGUUCAAAAUUUCCCCUAAUCACCAUUUUCAUCGCUCUCCAACUUCUCCUUCUUCAACCCGCUUCCAAGAUGAUACUCAGAGCAAGCGGAUCGAUAUUCCGGACAAAAGUGCCUUUCCCAACCCCAAUUUCAAGCCGCAACAACAACAGAAUCGAUUAUUAUAAUAAUUUCCUUAACAACCGAAGAAGAAGCAAAUCAACAACAGUCGUGUGCGGUCUCCGUUCAUACAAAAACAGAAAGCCAGCGUCAAUGGUAAUUUCAAAAGAAAGCGUUCACGUAAUUCACGCUCUCAAACUCGCCAAGAAAUCCGACGAUAAAAUCAACCAAGUUCUCAAGUCGAAACUUCUCAGACUCUUGAAAGCAGACGUGUUGGACGUUUUAGCUGAAUUGCAGAGACAAAACCAACUCCAUUUAUCUCUUAAGGUUUUCGAGAUUAUUAUUGGUGAUGAGGAAGCUGGAUAUGAUACAUUGCUGUUGUAUUCUGACAUGAUACUGUUAUUGGGAAAGAAUAAGAUGGUUGAGACGGCGGAAGAGAUGUUCGAUCGGGCAGUGGAGAAGGGGUUGAAGCCAGAUACGAGGUUGCUUAAUGAGAUGAUUGGGGUUUAUUUGCAAGUUGGUAAUACAGAGAAGGCGAUGGAGGUUUACGAAUACAUGAAGGGUUUGGGUUCGGAGUGUUUGCCAGAUGAAUUGACGUUUUCGAUAUUGAUUAGGAGUCUAAUGAAGAAUGGAGAAACUGAGCUUGUUGAAAGUUUGAAAAAAGAGAGUUUUGAUUAUGUUAAUGCACCUGAUAAAUUUGUUCAGAAAAUCCAGCAGAAUCAUGCAAAAAAGAGACAUGUCAAUCUGGUUGUGUAAUGGGAUUCUACUGUACUGGUUUCAUUGAAGAGAUGCUAUUGUAAUGCUUUAUAGCCAAAGCUAUAUAGUUGUGUUAUUGCAAUGUUGAUGAGAUCAUUUGUAUUUUUUAUUUGAACAAUUAUAACAAUGGGAAAGGGCUAUUGUAGCUCAGUUAUUCUGUUUA